ACCGAGUAAGAGAGACGCUGGAGGCAAAUGCCGAUUGGCUCUUGACCGCCACUUGUGGUAACACGUGUUGUAAACAUACACAUUUUGUAACCCCUUGAUUGAAUGUUACAAAACAGUUUGGCUACACGCACUGUGAAGCUGACGGGUCGGAGGAAGAAAGAAGAAAACUGGGGGAUAGUGAAAACUGGAGCCAGUUCGAAGACAAUACUACUGGGCACUCGACCUCUAUUGCCAUGACACACAACUGUAUUCACUGGUUUCGAAAAGGACUGCGGUUGCAUGAUAACCCAGCCUUGACUGCUGCCCUGCGAGACUGCAAGCAGCUGUACCCUGUCUUCAUCCUUGACCCUUGGUUCCCCAACAACACCAAAAUUGGCAUCAACCGCUGGAGAUUUCUGAUCGGGGCCCUCAAAGACUUGGAUUGCAGUUUAAGAAAACUUAACUCCAGGCUCUUUGUGGUGAGGGGAAAGCCAGACGAAGUACUCCCUGAACUGUUCCGCAAAUGGAAGAUCACGCGCUUGACUUUUGAGGUGGACACCGAGCCCUACAGCCUGCAGCGAGACAUGGAGGUCCUGAAACUGGCAGGGGACCACGGAGUCGAAGUCAUCCAGAAGAUCUCUCACACACUUUACAACCUAGAGAGAAUUAUAGAUGAGAAUAAUCAGAAGGCCCCACUGACCUACGUACGCUUCCAGACAGUUCUAAAGAGCAUGGGGCUACCCAAACGACCAGUGCCGUCUCCCUCUUUGGAAAAUAUGAAAGGAGUGAUAACUCCAUGCACAGACAAGCAUGAGAACUAUGGCAUCCCCACUCUGGAGGAACUUGGCCAAGACCCUGAGCUGGCCAUCCCAGAGGUCUUUCCUGGCGGGGAGCAAGAGGCUUUGAAAAGACUGGAUAAAUACAUGGACAAGCCGGGCUGGGUUUGCAGUUUUGAGAAACCCCAGACGUCUCCUAAUGCCCUGACUCCCAGCACCACUGUCCUCAGCCCCUACGUCCGCUUCGGCUGCCUGUCUGCGCGCACCUUCUGGUGGAGGCUGAGCGACGUCUACCAGGGCAAAAAACACUCCCAGCCUCCUGUCUCCUUGCAUGGGCAACUGUUGUGGAGGGAGUUUUUCUACACCGCUGCCUUGGGGGUGCCCAACUUCAACAAAAUGGAGGGCAAUCCAGUGUGUGUGCAGGUGGACUGGGAUGACAAACCAGAUCAUUUGGCCGCAUGGAGAGAGGCCCGCACAGGAUUUCCUUUCAUCGAUGCCAUCAUGACCCAGCUGAGGCAGGAGGGCUGGAUCCACCACCUGGCCAGACACGCCGUGGCCUGCUUCCUCACCAGGGGCGACCUGUGGAUCAGCUGGGAGGAGGGACAGAAGGUGUUUGAGGAACUGUUGCUGGACGCGGACUGGGCUUUGAAUGCUGGGAACUGGCAAUGGCUCUCAGCAAGUGCCUUCUUCCAUCAGUACUUCAGGGUCUACUCACCCGUCGCCUUUGGCAAAAAGACAGACAAGCAUGGAGACUACAUCAAGAAGUAUCUCCCUCUUCUGAAGAAGUUCCCCGACCAGUACAUAUACGAGCCCUGGAAGGCGCCACGUAGCAUUCAGGAGCGGGCAGGGUGCAUUGUGGGAAAAGACUAUCCACGACCCAUUGUGGAGCAUGAAAUCAUCAGCAAGAAAAACAUCCAGCGGAUGAAGGCAGCUUAUGCCAAGCGCUCCCCGCAAACCGCAGAGUCCCCCAGCAAAGGAAAAGGUGUAAAGCGCAAAAGGGAAUCCAUCAAGGAUAUGUUAACCAAGAAAAAAAAGAAAUCUGACUAAAAAAGCAAAUGAUUAAUGUACAUACAUUAAUUUGAAUUUAAAUAUACCUUUUUUAUUGUUUACAAAUUUGUAUUCUGUUCACAACAAAUCUUAAAAUACAGAAAGACCCAUAACUUAGCCUUGUCAUCCUGUCUGUUACAAAACAUCUUUUUAAUUUUUAAUUUCAUUUUAAAUGUUUUUUUUAUGCUACCAAUAUCAUGAACAGUAUCCCAUUGUGCUUUUAUUGUAUGCCAUUGUCCUUUAUUAAAUUGAUUUUGCUAAUGUCAA